GAGCAGGGCGGGGCCACGCAGCAGCAGCAGCUUCAUCCCCGCGCACGCGCGCACACACGUCUCAGGCCGCAGCAUGGACCCCUCAGCCCGUCCGCUCCCUCAGCGGUUCCGGUUCGGGUGACGAGGAGGAAGAGGAGGAUGAAGACGGCGCGCGCUUAGAGCGGCCAGCGGAAGCGAGCACGCGCCGCGGAGCCUCGCGCUCCGAUUGUUCGGACGCAGCAGACCGAAACAGCAGGCCGCGUGUACCCGGACCGAGCCGAGCCGAACCGGACCGGACCCAGCAUGCUGCCCGCCUCGCUGCUCGUGCACGCGCUGCUGCUCUGCUUCAGCCAGAGCCUGACGGCGUUCCAGGUGUCGGUGAGCGACGACGGUCUGAUCGUGGCGGCUCUGGAGCCGUCGGACCUCCAGGACAACGUGACGGCGUACGCGGCGCAGGUCUCUGGAGAACCUCGGCUGGUCCUGGUUCCGUUCCUCAACACCAAAGAGGCUCUGCUGUUCAACGCCUCCUUCCACGGCCUCUGCUACACCGUGGGCCUGCUGCUCAAACUGGGUCAGAACUGGUCCCGACCCGUGAAGAGCGUUCCUGUUCUCACUAAGCCUCUGCCGGUGCGCAGCGCUCACAUCUCCGACUAUAAGGAGGCUCCAGAGACCGGCGUGGUGUUCGACAUCGACCCCCCCUCCAGGACCGUCUUCAGCAGAGUCAACAUCAGCUACACGGAGGGGGCGGAGCGCCGCAGCAUGCUCUACAAAGAUUUCUACCGGGGGAAGACGGUCUUCAAGCACUGGUUACCGGGCGUUUGUUACCGGAACAUCACCUUCCAGCUGAUCUCUGAGGCCACCGUCAACCAGACGGCGCUGGUGACCCACAGUGACGUCACGCACACGCCGCUGCACCACCGCACAGUGCCGUACCCCCCCCUCAACGUGUCUCAUAAGAUCCUUCACCUGAGCCCGAGGCGAGUGCUGGAGGGGCCGCGGCCGUCCCGUCAGGCGCGGGACGUCCCCCUGAUGGAGGAGGAGGAGGAGCCGACGCCGCCGUACGAGGAGGAGGGGGCCACGGCGACCCCGCUCGCCUUCAACACCACCGAUGCCUCGCUGGGAGACGGGACUGUGAACGGCAGCCGGGCGGAGGAGGCGGAGCCUCAGAGCACCUGGCUGAACCAGACGGAGCCCCCCCACGUGGAGGAGGACGAGGAGUUCGUGAACGCCGUGGUGCCGGACUACGAGGACUCCAACGAGCCGGGCUCGGGCAUGGUGGUCCCCGCCGAGCCCGCCGUCCUGCUCACCCGGCCCCCCCCCAUCCUGCUGGAGCUGCGCUGGUUGCCCCCCCGACCCCCCACCAGCUACAACGGCUUCGUGGUCUACGUCUACAGAGAUGGAAACUCCACAGAAACGGCCAUCGUGGACGAGAACACUCACGAGUUUUUCACCGAGCUAUCUGAACCGGGAACGUACCGGGCUCGGGUCAGCACGCUGAGCUCGUCUGGAGACUGCGAGGCCCGGGAGAGCAGCGCCGACGCCGGCGUUACCUUCUACCUGAGUCCGGAUGGCGAGCUGCUGGAGGAGCUGCGCGAGCGUCCCCGGGGCGUCAGCGUCCGGCUGCUGGACUCCAGCACGGCCGCCGUGUCCUGGGCGGCGUCCUCGGAGCAGCACAACGGCAGCCUGGUGUCGGUGGUGUCCACCACCUGCCUGAAGCCCAGCCUGAGCCAGAGGAUGGAGAACACGUACUGCAGCGAGGAGAACUCCACCAGUGACGUCAUCAGCAGCCUGACGCCGGGCGCGCAGUACCGCGUGGUGGUGUUCCACACCAACGGGCCGCUGAUCAGCCCGCCGUCGGAGCCCGUCAUCAUCGACAUCGAGCCCACCGGCGUGCGCGAGCUGGCCGUGUACCCGCUGAGCCCCACGGCGGUCAUCCUGAGCUGGCAGCGGCCGUACCACGUGGCGUUCCGGAAGUACGUGCUGCAGACCUUCUUCUUCAACCCCGUCACGCUGGCCUCCGAGUGGACCACCUACUACGAGAUCGCCGCCACCGCCUCCGUCAUCGCCUCCGUGAGAGUCACUGACCUGCUGCCCGCCUGGUACUACAACUUCCGCGUUUCCAUGGUGACGUGGGGGGAACCGCCGCUCAGCUGCUGCGACAGCUCCACCGUCAGCUUCGUCACAGCGCCCGAGGCCCCCCACAUCUCCUCGGUGGAUUACGCUCACGGCGUCCUGUCCGUCCGCUGGACGUACGGCGAGCUCUUCAUCGACCUGUCCCACUCCAGGAUGCUGCACUGGCAGGUGGUGGCGGUGGGGAGGAGGGGCCCCGAGAGGAGCUACUCUGUGGAUGUGACCCGCGGCGUGAUGCGGGCCAGCCUCCCCCUCCCCCCAGGAGACAUCUACAACCUGACGGUGACGGCGUGCACGGAGCGCAGCCGGAACACGUCCACGCCCAACAUCAUCAAGCUGGAGCCGGCCCCCCCUCGGUCCCUGUACGCCGUCAACGCCACCCACUCUUCAGCGACGCUGCUGUGGAGCGAGGAGGGCGUGGUCGACUUCUACCAGGUGCUCUGCAGACCGUGCACGGCCAACAAGGAGCUGAAGGCCCAGGAGCCCCUCACCUCCACCUCCCACGUGCUGACGGUGUCGGGGCUGACGCCGUCCUCCACCUACAACUGCAGCGUGACCAGCGUCAGCUACAGCACGCCCAGCCGGCCCGCGCACGUCACCGUCACCACCGCCGACAGAGAGAUGAACCCCAGCGUGGCGGCCAUCUCGGCGCUGGCCGUCCUGAGCGUGCUGCUCGUCAGCCUGCUGCUCCUCUUCCUGCUGGUUCUGCGCAAGAAGCACCUGCAGAUGAGCAGAGAAUGCGGCGCCGAGACCUUCGUCAACUUUCCCUCCUUUGAGAGAGAAGGAAAGCUCCCCUACAACUGGCGAAGAAGCCUCUUUGCCUUCCUUACCCUGCUGCCAUCCUGCCUUUGGACUGACUAUCUUUUGGCUUUUUAUAUUAAUCCGUGGAGCAAAACCGCUUUGAAGAAACGCAAGCUCACCAGCCCCGUCCAGCUGGACGACUUUGAGGCGUACUUCAAAGACAUGGGCAAAGACUCCGCCUACAAGUUCUCGCUGCAGUUUGAGGAGCUGAAGAGCGUGGGUCUGGACCUGAGCCACGACGCCGCAGACCUGCCGGUCAACCGUCCGAAGAACCGAUACACCAACAUCCUGCCCUAUGACUUCAGCCGGGUGAAGCUGGUCUCCAUGCACAACGAUGAAGGAGCAGACUACAUUAACGCCAACUACAUCCCCGGCUACAAACACGCCAAAGAGUACAUCGCCACGCAGGGCCCGCUGCCCGAGACCCGCAACGACUUCUGGAGGAUGGUCCUGCAGCAGAAGGCGCCCAUCAUCGUCAUGCUGACGCAGUGCAACGAGCGGCGGCGGGUGAAGUGCGAUCACUACUGGCCGUUCACAGACGAGCCGGUGAUGUACGGCGAGGUCGGCGUGGAGAUGCUGUCCCAGAGCGAGUCCCAGGAGUGGAUCACCCGCAAGUUCAGGCUGGAAUAUGCGGAUGAGACGCAGGACGUCCUGCAUCUGAACUACACCUCGUGGCCGGAUCACGGCGUUCCCACUGUCAACGCCAUCGAGAGCAUCCUGCAGUUUGUGCACAUCGUCCGGCAGCAGGCCAACCGGACCAAAGACCCCAUCAUCGUCCACUGCAGCGCCGGGGUGGGCCGCACCGGGACCUUCAUCGCUCUGGACCGCCUCAUGCAGCACAUGAGGGAGCACGAGUUCGUGGACAUCCUGGGGAUGGUGUCAGAGAUGAGGUCCCACCGGCUGUCCAUGGUCCAGACCGAGGAGCAGUACGUCUUCAUCCACCAGUGCGUCCUGCUCAUGUGGCAGAAGAAGAAGCAACAGUCCAUCACGUCCGACGUCAUCUACGAGAACGCCAGCAAGACAUAGCGGCGUGGGAGACGUUGUGGACACCUCUGAGCUUCAGGCAUCCAUCCCGUGCAGAAGAGCCGCCUCGCCGUCAGCAUCCACCUGUGAGACAUCCACCGUCCAGACGUCCACGUGAAGCGACGUAAAGGCCGGAGGCGGAGCCUUCACUCACCGCCCCACACGCCCCCGUAACAGGACCAUCCAUGUCUGCACAACACCCACCCUCCUUCAGGAAGGGGCGGAGUCAUCAGGACGGACUCAGCUCACUCUCAGGGCUCACCUCACUGAACAUGACGCCACCUGCUGGGCUGGAGCUGCGAUCUGAGGAUGCAGGACGGAGACAUCACGGUUCCAGCAGGAAGAGCUGGAAUCCAAAACCUUCAGACCUGCUGGAGGAUCCACGGGAGGUUCUGGUUCUGGAUGGAAUCUCGAAAGAGGUGAAUGUCUCCAAACCAGAGGAAGAGAACCCAACACCUCCCGCUGCCAUCGGUCCUCAUGUGAUGUGUUCAGAACCACACCAGAAGAUCAGCGACUUGAAUGUGGACCAAAGUUCUGAAUCGCUGGUUUUGGAGGUCCCUGCUGGACCCGGAGGUCCCUGCUGGUCCAUGAGGUCCCUGCUGGUUUAGGUGGGCCCUGCUGGUCCAGGAGGUCCCUGCUGGUCUGGAAAGCCCAACAAACCAUCACGUCGCCCACUGAUGGGGGUGGGGCUUCUCAAAAACCUCCCCCUCCCCCCUGUAAGAUCAGGUCUGCUCGCCAACAUCAGUACCGGACCGAGCCGUCCUACAGGCCCUGAUAACCCAACAUUUCCACGAUCCAUCCAGACCAUCAGUGAACUUAACAGUCUAGGUUUGUUGAAGCAAAGGCUCCAAACGGACUCGUGCUAACACUAGCCCAUGCUAGCGCAGACGACGCUGGAAGAUGUUGUCCAACGCUCUGCAGGAACAAACCUGUAACAUGACUUUUAUUUUGAAAAUCCCAAUCUUGACUAAUACAUUCAUCAGUAUUGAGGUCAGACUGAACUGGAAUUGGUUGCGUGAAGCUAACGGUUGGCUAACGGUUGGCUAACAGUCGAGAGCAAAUGCAGCGAAACAUCUCAACCGAUCGACCGUCUUACAUCUUCCUCUCUGGAUUCUCCCACGAAAACAUUCAGUCAAAAAUGGCUGUUUUUCCAGAGGCAGCAAAGUAUUAAAUUCUAAUGAAAAUUCUAUUGUGUUUUACCGCCACCUGGUGGAGAACUAAAGAACUACAGCAUCUUUAGCAUCAGUGGAACCUUGGACACUCUUACUGCGAUUCCUCUCAACAGCCUGCAGGUUUGGAGGAAAUGUUUCCUCACAGACGAGGUCUCACGGUGACGCCCAAACAGCCUCUAGCUCCUCCCAUCAAACAGCCUCUGGCUCCUCCCAUCACGGAACGAUCAUCAUGUCUGAUCUGAAACAUCUUGUUUCGUGAAGAUUGUAGUUGAAUCUGCUCAAAUCAGCUGGUUCCAGAUCAGAUCAGCUGGUUCCAGAUCAGAUCAGCUGGUUCCAGCUGAGGACACUCAGAUGCUGGUUAGUCUCCCUCUGGUGGAGGAUGGAGGAAGUGCAGAAACAUUUCCUUUGAGUUUUAGAUAAAUGCUUCUAAGAAGCAAAGCUUUUAUUUUGGAGGCGUGUUCGGCCUCUGACACCUACACGCCUCCUUCCGCUGCAGCUUGUUUUGGCGCCACCGUGUGUCUGUCGUUGUGGGCGUGGUCAAACGAGGGUUUUUGGUCCGGUCGGGCUCUGAUCAAAUGUACAUAGGACUCUGCUUCAGACCUUCUGCUGUAAAUGUGACUCAGGAGCGCCGCCGCCCGGCUCCUCGCCAUGAACUCACUUCGAUGUCGGUUGAACUCGUUGUCAUUGGUGCCAUUCUCGUGCGUUGUGUCACUCAGUUGGCGGUGCGGUCUCCGGAUCGCCGCCUCACUCCGUUUUAUUGUGUGUGUUGGAACAAAUAAAGCGUUGCAGCUGAA